AAAAUGUUUAGUUUCGAGCAAUCUUGUUUCUGUAAAGUCUGCUUCAGCUCUUCAACUCUUCCUGUUCGCACAAAGUGGGCGAACUAUUUUAAGAAACAAGUUUCAAAGUCUGAGAGUCGCAGGCUCACACUCUGCACAAGAAGCUGGCCCGUGAAGCGUAAGGUUUCUCUUUCCUGGAGCUCAGAGCAUUUCUCUCCCUGCCCAGCCCCAGCAGAUCUGGCAGGCUGGAAGAAGAGAAGUAGAACCUGUGAACCUGGACGUCACCGUUCUCGUUCUUCAGGAGAUCUGAACGCAGAGAGCUGAGAUGGGGUCAGACCUUGGAGGAUGUUUGUCCCUCCUCCUGCUGCUGCUGCAACUGUCAGGAGCCGUGGGUUCUCUUCAUACUGAGCCCCGGAACCUCACCAAGGCUCGCUGGUUUGAAAUUCAGCACAUUCAGCCAAGUCCUCUCCAAUGCAACAGGGCCAUGAGGGGGGUCAAUAAUUACACCCAGCACUGUAAGGAGCUUAACACUUUUCUGCAUGACUCUCUCCGGGACGUGAUUAAUGCCUGCAACACUCCCAAGAUCAUCUGCACCAGUGGUCGGCACAACUGUCACAACAGCUCAUCGCCCGUCAACAUGACCCACUGCAAGUUAACCACAGGGCGGUAUCCUGACUGCUCCUACAGUCACAUGGACCAGUUCAGAUUCUUCGUUGUCGCCUGUGAUCCCCCUCAGAAGAGCGACCCUCCCUACCCCUUGGUUCCUGUACAUUUAGAGAAGUUUUUCUGAGGUUUUCAUCACUUCCUCUUUCGUUUAAUAAAGCUGAUCUAGAACUUUU